AGGAGUGAGAAGUGGUGGGAAGCUUCUUCAUCUUCAUUCUUCAGUUUUCAGUUUCAGAGCAGAAAAAGCAUCGAAAGCCAUGGACAUUUCUUCCUGGUUUCGACGCAGUCUUACAAGGAACAAUAACAGUAAAAGCACUAAAAACUCAGAUCUUUCUGACCAACCAAAGCAACCACACAAAUUUGACGAUCAAAUUCUCGGAGUCACUGACAAGUUGAUCGAUUUCGUCAAAUCCUUCACCUUAGACACCUUUAAGAAUUUUCCUCGUUCAGAUGACGAGGAAGAGAAAAAUGGUGGAGAUUUCCCAACAACAUCGGGCAGUGUUCGAAGUGAUCUUUCUGAAUGGCAGGAACGGCAUGCAACUCUUGUUCUCUCUAAAGUGAAGGAAAUUUCACAACUUAGGUAUAAGCUAUGCCCAGGUUACAUGAAGGAACAUCAAUUUUGGGGAAUAUAUUUUGCUCUUGUAAAGACUCACGUGGCUGAAUACGAGCUUCAUGCAAAAAGACUAGCUAAAAGGAGAGAGAUUGCAUUGGAGAAUGGAAAACCAACGGAUAGGAGUGCAUGUGAAGUUGAAAUGUCAGAGACAAAUUCAGCAAAUUUACCCCCUUCAACACCAUAGCCACACAUCAUAAUUGUCUUUACUGUGAGGUAGAAUAGCAUUAUUUUUUAACAAGUUUUCUGUAAUUUUUCUCUAUGGCAACUGAGCAAGUACAAAAGAAAAUUAAAAACAACAACAAUAAUAAUAAUAAUAAUUCUCCAUGCAUGUCAUCUGUAGUCUGUACAUGUUGAUGCUCUCUUUCUUAAUACAGUUUCUCAAUAGUUACUUUA